AUGGAUCCCUGCAGCAAAAACAAAGAUAGAACUACGUCGUUGAUGAAAUGUGUUCUCCAUAUCAUGCGUUCUCAAGCUUUGAAUGACCCAGAGCCUCAAGCUCGGAAGAACAUCAUUGAUAAUUUCAUCUUCAUACACCACGGUGUUUGCGAAGAAGACUUGCUGUUGAUAAUUGAAGAAAUGGUUAAGGUCCAAAUUCUUCUUCCAUCUGGGAAUCGGGAAGUACGCUGGAAAACUAUGUACAGUAACAUAGAACGCGGAAAUUCACCUCUAUUCAACAUUCAUCCCAAAUGUGAUAACAAUAAAUAUCGAUCAACUGAAACAUGCGCUAAACAUCCAUAUAAAUAUCAGCUUGCCCCGCAGUCUGCUUUGGGUCCAGAAUAUUCCACGAAGAAUGUCAAAAAGCCCAAGCGCUUCCUUGAGAGCCGAGUCGACGUUGCUAAGUUGACGAAUCAAUAUGUGACGUCAGUUAAAAAUGGUUGGUUUCUUCUACAGAUCAAAUUUGUUCGUCAGGCAAUUAGCUUGAGCAAAAUUCAGAAUCGAAAGUUCGAUAGAAAGGACCGACGUACUCGAGCCACUAUGGGCCACGCAUCGAUCUCAAGCACUGUUCAAAAUGAGUCAAUCGAGAGUAGCGAUCGCACCAACCUUCCAAGUGAGUCUCCCGUAGGCAAUGUUGCUUCUCCAAUUCCGCAGCCACUCGCGCCACUACGAACCUCACAAAACACCGAUAAGAAUACUUCGGAUCAUAGAUUGGGUGCCUCUGGAUUAGUCUCUGCGCUUCGAAGUCUAAAUUCGAAAUAUCCCAACGACAAGCUCAAGCUCGUAUCCAAGAAAAAUAAGCUUUGGUUCAAAUGUCACGAUUGUCUAGCUAAGCUUUAUAAGAUUGCGCAUCACAAGGACCGCAUCCAGCAUAUACGAUGUCAUAUCGAGAGUGCUGCUCAUGCCGAUAGAGUUGAGAGCAGGGUGACUCGCAAUGGCGAGACAACGAUCAGUACAACAUUUGUUCAGUUAAGAAAGGAGAGACUAGAGCAAAUCAGAGGAAGGGACCCAUUAAGCUCGCGAUGGAAUUGGUGGCUCGAAGAUAAUCAAGCACCGAAGCCUCGAAAUGAGAUUGUCGCGAACGUGAAAACCCAGGAUGGUAUAUUUGCGAAGAAAAGAACUCUUGUCGGACCAUCUAUGUUCCCAAAUUCUUCAGAGGGGUUGACUGGUGAUAUUGACUUAGACGAUGCUAGAGCUUCUAAGGCAAAUAAGCGAGCAUACAUGGAAUCAGAAACCUCGCCUUCUAGCAAUAAACGAAUUCGAUUGGUAAAAUCUCAUGAAGAAACUCCGCACUCGACUUUAGCCACCCAUCCUACAGACUCUCCAGAAGAUGUCACACAGCCCAAUGAUGAUACACCUGGCAAUCAUACACAGCCUCAAUUGGGAAAAUACCAGCCAUUAGACGGCCGUGACGGUGCAGACAGAGAAGCGACAAAGAGUACAAAAUUUAAAGCAUUAAAGGCUCGUGUUGAUGAAUUAGAAGCCGAGCGAGAUGCCCAAGCGGAAAAUAUAGCGAAACUUUCCAAGAAAAUCCACAAGCAACGAAAAAUUGCUGCCACCCAGCAGGAAAUACUUAAACACUUAGCUUAUGAGAAUAAGCGACAUUCUGGAAUAUUAAAGUCUGUCGGUGAGUCUCUCAAUAUCACCAAUCACCAACUUUCGACAACAAAGAACAUCCACAACGAUGAGGUCACAAGCCUUAAGGAAAGUAUCAAGCUUCUUAAUAAUGGCCGAAUUGUAGUAAAAGCUAUGGCUGACGAGCACACCAUUGAGCUUACUGAACUCAGGAAACGUUUGCAGAUCUUAGAAUAG